UUUUCUCCGUCACUCGUAUAUAAAAUACACACGUGCGAAAGCGAUAGACGCGCUGCAUCAUGACGGAAUCCAAAGAAACGUCGCGAAUUAUAACCACUUUGUUUUAAUUUAAAUGUGUAAACAUUGCAAUUAUACUAGUUUUCACGUGUGGCUGCGAUAAAUAAUAUUGUGCUAUUGAAUUUGAUGUUUGUGGAAAGUUACAAUGGAUCUACUGGGGCUUCCCGUUGUUAUGAUUGAAAACAUUUUCUCAUAUUUAUCCUACGAUGAAAUCGCAAAGAAUAGAUUGGUUUCCCGAGCAUUCAAUGAGAUAUGCAUGAGGAUGUUGAACCGAGGCUUCAUGAUGAUAGAGAGGAGACAUGCCAUGGCUCUCAAGAGCGUCAAGGCGCAGCUGCCUCGCAGAGAGUCAGAACGCAGAUAUCACCAUCUUUCCCGCCACUGUGACAUUUUGACAUCUAUUGAAACACGCAUCUCUAUGCUCAACAUGACAUACUCUAAGUUCAUAGACAACGGACUCUGCUGCUUCAUACCUGGGAAGGUUAUAGACGAGAUCCGACGCGUGCUCGCGCUAGUAGAGACGUCGAGCACGCCGCCUCGCGCGCACGAGGUGCUGCAGGAGCUGCGCGAUAUAUCCAGCAUGGCUAUAGAACACUUUGACGAUAAGAUUUCACCGGCUUUCCGGAAGAGAUUGCAGCAAGGAGUUGUGCAGCCUACUCCUAGGCCCUCGCAUACGGUACUAGCGCCCCUAGCGGUCCGUCAAGAGAUGAUCCACCUGCGGCGCCGCUCGAUCCUGAACGCGAAGCUCUCGCUGUACCUCGCGGCGCAAUACAAGAAGUUCUACAAACGGAUGAUGGAUUACAAGAAAGUGGCGUGGCGACAACAAAAAACUAUCAGAGAGCUCACCAAGAAACAGAGGGAUCAAGAUGCUGCCAUUGCUGAUUUGAAGAAGCGUAUCGAAGAAUGCGACAUAAAGUACAGCGAGCUCACUCACACUAACCAGGCUGUUGGAGGGAAAGCUAUUGUUGCGAGCACAGCGGGCGAGGUAGCCGCUACAUCGACACAGCCGCUGCGUCAUUUCUCCAGUCAAAUCAAGCUGGACCUGUCUGUGCUGCCCAUUGGGACAUCCAAGAGGAAUAAUAAAUUACUGCCAAACAUGAAGCCACGUAAACCACUGAUCAAGCUACCCAGCCUCUCCGAAGACGAUUCAGAACCGCCGCCCAAACUUCAAAAAACUGAAGACAGCCGUCUCAGCCCAGCGCCAUCGACUUCCGUCGACAAUAGAAGUCCAAAAACGAAGUCGCUGUCCGCUAUCGCCAAAAUAAGGGGCAUUACUAACGAAAUUAGACAUUUAAGUAAUUUAUCGAAAACUUUGGAGAGUAAAUUAAAACGUCCUUUGACUCUAAGCGGUGACGUUAAUGUACCUGAUUGCAAAAAGCAGAAAUUAGAUUAAAGUCUUAAAAAAUCGUUCAAUUUUGAACUUUAUGACUUUGGAAUUAGGACGUAAAUUGUAUUGGUAUGAUAUAUGUCGUUAUGACGUUUCGAAAUGUAAGGCUUUUGGACGAAAUUGAAAUAGGUAUGGUGUAAAAAAGUAUGUAAUGCGUUUCGGUUGGACAGACAUACAAAUUUUGCAUUUUAAUAUAUAAAAUGUGUUGUAAAAUUGCCUGUAGGACUAAAAAGUCUAGUUUUCUUUUAAUGUUCUUCCUACGAUCAUAAAAGCAAGAUUUCGUUUGUUUGAUUAUUUUACACUUUAUUUAAAGAUCAAAUGAUUUAUUGUCAGUUUCACCAGUUACUGAUGAAGUCUCUGAUAGCCUAUCAGACAGAUAAACUAUAACUUUCGGUUUCAUGGGUCAGCAGCCUUUAUCUGGCUGAUAGCAUUAACUAUCAGAUAACAAACUGACACUUAUCAGUAACCAGUGAAAAUGGCUAUAGUGAUGUAACUAACAUUAUUAGUGCAUAAUUUGAAAGUAAAUGAUGACGCUAAAAAUGUAAGUACAACUUUAUAUUACAAAUAUUUGUAAUCAUUUAGUUUAUGUAUCUGUAGAUAUUUUUAUCUAAAUUUCGUGUAAUUUUAAUUUUUAACUUUGGUGUAGUUUGGCGGUUAAGAACAUCGUACUCUGCGCAAAGACGCACUUUUGGCUAGAUAUUCAAUAUCUUGAAAAAUCUGAGUGGUAUAUAAAGAUUCUAAUUAGUACCCAACAUAUUGAGCUACUAUCUGUCAAAUUUCUUUAGUAGAUUUUCAACUUUAUCUCUUCAGCAUAAGGUUCAUUUUUGAUUGAGAAAAUAGUAGCUUGAUGUGCUGGUACGUCUGUACACAUGGUUAUUUUAUAUUUCUGUCAUUCAAAAUUCAAAGGCAAGAAAACGUUGUAUCCUGCCCAAAAACUGAUAAUUUCUAUUAAUUUGGCUUUCACGUAAAAAUGACGUCACAUUGAAGUAUCAAUUGUCAAAAUGACAGCUAGUACCUUUUCAUAAACUCCGCAAUAAAGAGCAAUAAUUAGUUUAUUCAAAGUAAAACUUAUAAAUUUCAUGCUGUAGAUAUUUGGUUUAAAAUUUUAUCUUAGUAUAGUAUUUGUCAAAGUAUAGUUAUUUUAUCAUUUUAUUCUGUCAGAUUACAACCCAUCUUUAAAUUAUAGUGUAUGGUUUGUAGUCUAAAUUAAUUAUAAUUGGAAUAUGUUAAUAAGCUAGACAUUUGAUUGAAAAUUUGUCAAUCAAAGAAUACAUUUUGAAUAUUGUGUAUAACUGAAAAAAGUUGACUAUAUGGCAAAUUAUAGAUAGGCUACGCAUUGAACUUAAAUUAGCUGCUUAUUUUGUACCUAUCUGUAUAAAGAAAAUUUACCAUUUUGAAAAAAAUGUUUUGGUAAAAAUCAUCUAGAAUAUAGAGCUACUCCCAUCUCUAAAAUGUUCUCCAAUUAAUCAAUAUUAAAUAAAUGUAAUUGGAGUAACACUGCCAGGUAUAAUUGCAUUUGAAGCCAUACAGUGCCUUUUAUAAAAAAAUAUUUCAAAUACAUAUUGGUACAUACAUAUUACAUUACCUAAAGUUACUGUUUAAGUCAUUAUUUUUUUUAUAACUGGAAAUUAUUUGAGGUAAUAUAUCCUAAAAAAAUUAGCUGUGUAUUUAUUUCUAACUUUAGUUGAGUAUUCAAUGCGUAGCA